GUAUUCUCGCACGGGCUGGAGCGAUCGCCCAUGGCAGAGGUAGAUUUCUCCUCCUGUUUGCUUCCCGCCGCUCCGGAGCUGGAUCUUUCUCCACGGAUCGAAGGCGCUCGAUGAUCAGCGGGAAAAUGUCGGUGUGGCUGCUCUCCCCGAUCCAUAGAUCCGAAUGGCCAUAGCUCGUGAUCACGAAGCGAGCGUGAUCGAAGGAUUGGUUUGCCGCCGGAGAUGUAAGUCGUGGGAAGCGCGAGCCUCUCCGGUUUUGUCAUGUAUCAGAGGAAGUGCCAUUUUCACCAAUGCCGAUGGAACCAGGCUGAAAAACAUUGACGAGUUUGUGCAGACCAGUGAAGCAACACGAGAGACAGCUUACCUGCUGGAAUGUCAAACUUCGCAAUGUCAUCAAGAUCAAACUUUUCUUGGCCGGGGUGAGAUGGGUGAACUCUUGUCUGCAACAGCCAUACCUCAUAUCCAUUUUGCAGAAGCGAUCGGACCAUAUCUUGUGGCUCGGUUGGUAGGCAGAAGCUUUCAGUGGAGUAGCCAUUCAAAAGCAGCACCAGUCCUUUCUUCUGGUCCAUGGAAAGUGGCCAUUGUUUACAGGUUGAUCAAUUCGCCGGGGACGUCCAGAAAAGUAUGUUUGCAGCAGACUCGAUAGCAACUGCUUAAGAAACGAAAAUUUCCCUGGUCCUUUCAAGCUUAUCAACGACCUCAGAAGAUUGAAGACACUGACGUGCAAAGUUCCCUGGAGUACUGAAGGGUUGGCACUCUCCUUGCCUGAAAGAUCGACGAGCUGUGCGUUAAGUGUGGUCGAUUCCUUAUAGAUCCAGAGACCGCAGAGGAAGGGCCUCAUCUCUUUUUUUGCCAUCAACAAGAACCUGCCAGUCUGCUCGUAACUUUCUGGAUUUCUAGAAGGACUUCACUUACCGGCGGCCUGAAGACGUGGAUAGAAGCAGAUGGUAACGCAUAAACUGAGUGAAGGGAGACUUCUCGCUCAGCGAACACAGGUUGACGUAUCCGUCCAAGACAUGCAAGGGGUCCUUUUCUAGCAACGGGAUGAGCAGCUUUCCUCCUACUUGGCCAUGGAGAAUGGUUGUGCAGUUCGUCGUUUUCGGAACUAUAUGCAUUGUUAGCUUCAACGUGCAAGUGGCUCGUCCUGGACAGGAUGUUCCAAGGAACUCAAGCUUUGCCUUCGCGAGAAAAGUGCCUACUGGAUUGACGCCUAUCGAACAGGGAAUUACCGAUGCAUCACAGAUGUGGAGCGUAAACCUGUCCACUCGGACUCGUGACCCCGGAAGUGAUGCUCGUCGAAACAUUGCAGCCUCCUAG